AUGAUUGGACGAAUUGUGCCACGUGUCGCGAGGAGUACAGUAAUCUACAGUAACCGACAAGUACAUCGAAUGCUAACGGAACAGGAAAUUAAAGUGACGCCGAAGGCGGCGAGCAGACUGAAAGGCGCCACUGUGGACUUUGUGGAGGAUUUAAUGAAGGCGUCGUUUCGAAUUGUGAAUAAUCCUGUAGCGGAAAAAGGAUGCUCCUGUGGUUCCAGUUUUGCACCGAAAAUGGAUUAA